AUGAGGUGCAACUGUGUCCUAGCGCAGCCAACGCCAACAGCUCUGGCGACCUUCUUCAGAGCCGGGCCGGUGACGGUCAUCAAGCUCAACCCGCUGAGCGUCAGCCUGGUGAAGUUUGCCCACCUCCUGCAGAUCGCCCGCCCGCAGAGCUUCUCCCUGGUGAUGGUUGCCUUUUUGCUGCUCUCCGACAGCCUGAUGCUCAUCCUGGCGGCGACGUUGCUGAUCUUGAACGCCUUGAAGGACCUGGUCACUCUGCCCUUGCUGCCCGUGAUGCUCGUCAACGAGACCAACCCGCUGAGCGUGAGGCUGGUGAAGUUUGGUCACCUCCUGCAGAUCGCCUACCCGCAGAGCAUCGUCCUGGUGAUGGUCGCCUUUUUGCUGCUCUCCAACAGCCUGAUGCCCAUCCUGGCGGCGACGGUGCCCUGCGUGAGCCUGGUGAAGUUUGCCCACCUCCUGCAGAUCGCCUACCCGCAGAGCAUCGCCCUGAUGAUGACCAACCCCUUCUUGCUGCUCUUACCCAUCCUGGCGGUGACGGCGCUGAUCUUCAACGCCUUGAGGGGCAACCCGCUGAGCGUGAGCCUGGUCAUGGCCCGGUUUGCCGACAAGACCGACCCUCUGAGCGUGAGCCUGGUGAAGUUUGCCUUCCUCCUGCUGAGUGCCUACCCGCAGAGCGUCGCCCUGGUGAUGGCUGCCUUCUUGCCGCCAAUCUUCAACAGCAUGAUGGCCGUCCUCAACACUUUGAGGGAACUGGUUUCGGUCGCCUACUUGCUGCCGCUCCUCAACACCCGGCUCGUCAACAAGAGCAACCUGCUGAGCGUCAGCCUGGCGAUGGUCAUGCGCCUUCAGCGCUUGCAGGCAAGUUUGGGCCGAAACCUUUCUAAGUCUUUUUUGCCGCAGCCUCGGCAAGUAAUUGACGGUAGGCCCGCCGUCGAGUUUUGA